UCCUCAUCCUCAGCCGCCAUUGGAAGAGGUGAAGUUGACUGAGGUGGUAAACGAACAGCAGACGAUACAUGCUUAUUCUCCUACAGUUGAUGCAGUUGUAGCUGAUGAAGAAGCUGAAGUUAUUACAGAGGCUUUUGAAGAGGUAGUUCAACCAAUUAUUGUGACUCGAUUCGCUGGAAAAUCUGUGGAGGAAGUUGCGGCUAUCAAGAUAUAGACAGCUUUCCGUGGUUACCUGGCAAAGAGGGCAUUGAGAGCUCUAAGAGGGCUCGUGAGACUGAAAACACUUGUCGAUGGGCCCACUAUAAAACGCCAAACCGCGAACACUCUGAAAUGCAUGCAAUCUCUAUCUCGUGUGCAGUCUCAGAUUCAAUCUAGACGAAUGUCAAUGCUGGAGGAGAAUCGGACGCUCCAGAGACAGCUUCUGCAGAAACGUGCUAAAGAACUCGAGAGCUUGCGAAUGGGAGAGGAUUGGGAUUUUAGUCUACAAUCGAAAGAGCAAAUUGAGACGAGUUUGCUUCACAAGUAUGAAGCUGUGAUGAGGCGGGAAAGAGCUCUAGCUUGUUCAUUCACUCACCAGGAAUGUAUCACAGGUUCUGGGAAAUAAAUACCAGAACUA